CAGUCGGCUCUGCCUCCACGGCUCCCAUCGCAGUGCGCCCGGAGUGGAGCGGGGUCGUUCCGCCGCCGUCCUCCUCGUCUCCGGAGCUGGGAGGGGAGCGGGACCGCUCUCCCUUGCGACUCUGCGAGCGAGCGCCGCUGAGCGCGGGCGGUGGCCGCGGCGGGUCCGGCAGUUUGCCUGUUUGUCCUUGGGCCGAAGCCCUAAGAGCAUGCUGGGUCGCACGCUGCACGAACCUGCCACUUUGCUAGCUUAGACUGUCUUAGGAUGAAGGCUUUGCUAUGGCUAAUGACCCCUUGGAAGGCUUCCACGAAGUGAAUCUUGCUUCGCCUACUUCUCCGGACCUUCUUGGUGUGUGUGACCCAGGAACCCAAGAGCAGACCACCUCCCCGAGUGUCAUCUACCGGCCACACCCUUCGUCUUUAUGCUCUGCUCCUCUCCAGGCUAAUGCCUUAGAUCUUUCUGAUCUUCCCACACAGCCUGUGUACUCAUCCCCUAGGCGUUUAAACUGUGCGGAGAUUCCCAAUGUCAGCGUUCACGUUCCGGACCCCGCAUCGUCCGUGACAUCUGGAGUGACAGUGGGCCUCACGAAGCUGACGUCAAGGAAGGACAGCUGUAAUGCUGAGAGGGAGUUUUUGCAGGGCGCCACCAUCACAGAGGCUCCUGUUUGCAGCGAUGACAUCUUUGGGUUGAGUACGGAUAGCCUGUCACGUUUACGAAGCCCAUCUGUUCUGGAAGUUAGAGAGAAAGGCUAUGAAAGGUUGAAAGAAGAACUUGCGAAAGCCCAGAGGGAAUUGAAGUUAAAAGAUGAAGAAUGUGAGAGACUUUCGAAAGUGCGAGAUCAACUUGGGCAGGAGUUGGAAGAACUCACAGCUAGUUUAUUUGAGGAAGCUCACAAGAUGGUGAGAGAAGCGAAUGUCAAGCAGGCCACAGCAGAGAAGCAGCUGAAGGAAGCUCAAGGGAAAAUCGAUGUACUUCAAGCUGAAGUGGCCGCCUUGAAGACCCUCGUGCUCUCCAGCUCUCCCACGUCACCAACACAGGAGCCUCUGGCGGCUGGAAAGACGCCUUUUAAAAGGGGACACACGAGGAAUAAAAGUACGAGCAGUGCCAUGAGUGGCUGUCACCAGGACCUCAGUGUGAUACAGCCACUGGUGAAAGACUGCAAAGAGGGAUCCUCCCUCCUGUUCUCUGCUGGCUGGCCUCGGAGUCCCGCUACAGAUCGGGCCGAUCUCUCUCUGUAUAAUGAGUUCAGAUCUUGGAAGGAUGAGCCCACGAUGGACAGAACGUGUCCUUUCUUAGACAAGAUCUACCAGGAAGAUAUCUUCCCGUGCUUAACGUUCGCAAAAAGUGAGUUGGCUUCUGCUGUUCUGGAGGCCGUGGAGAACAACACUCUAAGCAUUGAGCCAGUGGGGCUGCAGCCCAUUCGAUUCGUGAAAGCCUCAGCUGUAGAAUGUGGAGGACCAAAAAAAUGUGCUCUCACUGGCCAGAGUAAGUCCUGCAAGCACAGAAUUAAACUAGGGGACUCAAGCAACUAUUACUAUAUUUCUCCUUUUUGCAGAUACAGGAUCACUUCUGUGUGUAACUUCUUUACAUACAUCCGAUACAUCCAGCAGGGCCUUGUGAAACAGCAGGACGUUGAUCAGAUGUUUUGGGAAGUGAUGCAGCUGAGAAAGGAGAUGUCGUUGGCGAAGCUGGGAUAUUUCAAAGAGGAACUCUGACACCCUGCACGGGGCCGUGCGUGCGCCUCCCUGGACAACUGAAGAGUGGCUGAACAUUUUUAUGGCUAAUAUUUAUUCCCGAGGAGAAGGCCCAAGACUCCUGGCCUCUUGCAGAUUACACUAGGAAGUGCUGUGGUUUCUUUUAAAGAGACUUGGCUGUUCCCGCUUGUCCCUUAAUGGACCACACUACGAGGAGUUGCAGUGUGCUGGUGAUGGUCAUCCAGCACUGUGAAGCAAUCCACCAAAUAAAUACCAGACCGAGUGUGUGUCUCUUCCUUAGCCCUGACUUGGCUUGGAGAGUUGCAGAAGGCAAUGGUAUUUCACAUCCUCUGGGGAGCAAGGACGGAGCUGUGUGCACAGGGCUUACUGUGUGUCUAUGUGUGUGUUGACAUUCAAACACCAGGGUUUAUUUGCAGAAAGGUUUUUUGUUUUCCACCUGUGAGGUUUUUCUUUUAUUAAUUAAUUAGUUUUUUUUUCCAGCCUGUUGAAUUGUCCCUCCCUCCUCUCCUUCCUGUGCCCCCCCCCACAUCUGCUUCUCCUCCUUUGCAGAAAGGUUUUACUGGGGUUCGAAGUUACUGUUAUUCAGCUCGCAGUGACCCAGUGGUAUGUCAAGUAGAAAAUGAAGAGCGGGGGCUCUUCCUCUGGAGGGGCAUCCUGAGCAUCCUGAUGUAGGGGUUCACGUUAUGCAGUGAGCACUAUCAUGGAAUUAAAGGAAUAUUAAAUAAAUAAACAACAUCAUGGUCUAAAAAGAACGAUAUCUGCCAGUUCUGAGCAACCAUUUGAUCCCGAAGUUUUAACUAAAGCGGACACGAAGACACUACUAACCAUUUCUACCAGUAAGGGAGCUUCCUGGUGGAGACAGUGUCGGGGUGCAAAGGAAGGACGAUCCCACGCAUUGUUUCCAGUGAGAGCACAACCAGUCGUAGCUUUGAGGUGUUUCUUACUUCUGUAUGCACAGCUCCAAAACAAAAAGACCUCCUUGCUUUAUUGACUGUAUGUGUGGGAAUGUUUGUGUGGGUGUGUGUGCGCGCGCGCGUGUAUGUAUGUGUAUGUAUGUGUGUGUGUGCGCAUCACACUCGUGCCUGGUGCACAGAGAGGUGAGACGAGGGAGUCAGACCUGGAACUGGAGUUGCAGACAGUUGUGAGCUGCCAGGUGCACGCUGGGAACUGAACUAAGGUUCUCCGCGAGAGUCUCGAGCCAUCUCUCCAGCCUGUCCUUCCUGCUUUAAAAAUGAAGAAAUUUUCCCUGUGAGUAAACCUCCACAUAUUAAGAAGCUUUUUACAGUUUAUGUAUUUAUGUGGGAGCGUGUCUGUGUCUUUGGAGGUCACAUGACAGCGUUUGGAGAUCUGUUCUCUCCUCCUGUGUGGUUUCUAGAGAUCAGACAAACUCAGGACAUCAAGCUUGGUGGCAACACUUUUACCUGGUGGGCCGUCUCUCUGGUGCAAAUCUCCACACCCUGAUCACUGUAUGUUCAUUGUAAUUAAACAGUUUGUUUCUAGA